AUGGGUCUUAUUCUCCUUCGCGACAACGAUGCGCUUGAUGUGAAUCCGCCAGCGGGUGAGAUUCAUCUUUCGACACAUGGCUCCGACUGGCUGUGGGCUGUGACAGCUAUCUAUGUCGUCUCAUUUCUUGCUUUCUUCGCACUAAGCUUCGUUGCACGUUCGGGCGAAAAGAUCUUCCAUUACCUCUUCACUAUUGGCUUGCUUGCCGGAUCUAUCGCGUACUUUGCCAUGGCUUCUGACCUUGCCUGGAGUGUUGUACAGCAAACCAACUCACUCGGCGAAGGUGCAACUCGCCAGAUCUUCUUUGCCAAAUAUGUAUACUGGGUCAUAGAGUUCCCCGUUGUCACCAUCGCUUUGGGUCUACUUAGUGGCGUCUCUUGGGCGACUAUCUUCUUCAAUAUCGGACUGGCAUGGACUUGGAUCCUCUCGUACCUGUUCUCAGCUUACACCGAGACCAACUACAAGUGGGGAUUCUACGCUUUCGGUACGGUCGCCUACCUGCUGCUGGCCUUCCAGACGCUUGCUGGCGGCCACCGUGGCGCAACUCGCGUCGGCGUGACUCGAGACCAUACCGUCUUGGCUGGCUGGGUCAACCUGCUCUGGCUGCUAUACCCGAUUGCCUUCGGUGUUUCUGACGGCGGCAACAAGAUCAAGGUCACGGCCGGUUUCAUCUUCUUCGGUAUCCUCGACGUUUUACUACUCCCCGUCACUGCCUUCUGUGUCCUCUUCCUCGCCCGCCACUGGGACUAUGGCAGACUGAACCUGGCCUUCACUCAGUAUGGCCGUGUCGCCACCGCUCCGGGCACAUACCCUGAGAAGGCUGCCACCGCUCCGGCCGGCGGCCCGGUCGCCGCCGAGCCAGCUGCCGCGACUGUGUAA